CUUGUUUCCAAGAUUUGUAUCCAAGAUAUUGCCUGUUGAUAGACUGCAGAGGAUGGUCUGAGGUUUGAGGAUGGUGAUUCUCCUCUCAGAUUAUUGGUGUUUAAGCCAAAACAUCCUUUCAAAGUCAGGACUCAUGGAAGUUCAUGCCUCAGAGGUCCCACGGUACGUCAGGCCUACGCAUGACUCAGGCUGGGAAGUUCAUCUCAAGCCUCCAACCCCCUCCAGACGCCUGCUCCAACUCUUUGCAGAGCCACUGCAUGGAUUCAAUAGAACAGAUAUGUCUAGUGCAGGUGCCCAGUACGUCACGCUAGUUGACUGGUUGAGGUCUGACGUCUUUGUGGUCUUCAUGGCCGUCCUGGCCGCGCUGCUCCUGGUUCUCAUGGCAGUCUGCUGGGCCCUGAAGCGCCAGAGGAGAUACCACAGACAACACGCAGGAUUACAGACGCUGACGGAGAUUGAGAUAUACCCAUUGGCGCAGGGUGGAGGAGAUAGGCCUUCCCAGCACCGAUUCUGCUUCAAGAUCCGCACCGACCAGAGACACGCCUCGGAACUAGUGGACAUCCUCGCGGGUAUCAAGGUCACUGGUCAAACCCGACCACCCACCAUCUACUAUGCAGAGGGUAGGGAUGGCCACGACAGCUUCGAGACAUGCAGUGACAAACACAACGACGAUGGUGGAGACGGUGGUGAUGGUGAUGACGGGGAUGAUGAAGACAGUAGCUAUGAUGAAAGCGGUGAUGACCAAAAUGAUGGUGAACUUGGUGGCGACCAAAAGGACGGUGAACUUGGUGGUGACCAAAAGGACGGUGAACUUGAUGGUGAUCAAAAGAACGGGGAUCUUGGUGGCUUCCAAGCCAGCAACUCUGAGGAAAGCGGUGAAGACCAGAGCGAUGGUGAGGAUGAUGAUGAUGAUGAUGAUGAUGAUGGCCAAGACGGUGAAGACCAAAAUGGUGAAUACGGUCAGUACCAAAACAAUGGUGAAUACAGUCAAUACCAAAAUGGUGAAUACAGCCAAUACCAAAAUGGUGAAUACGGUCAAUAUCAAAAUGGUGAAUACAGUCAGUAUCAAAAUGGUGAAUACGGCCAAUGCCAAAAUGGUGAAUACGGUCAAUACCAAAAUGGUGAAUACAGUCAAUAUCAAAAUGGUGAAUCCAGUCAAUACCAAAACGAUGGUGAAGAUGAUGAUGAUGACCCAGACAGCACCUCUGAUGAAAACAGUGACGACCAAAGCGAAGAUGAAGAUGAUGAUGAAAACAACGAUUAAUUAAUUAAAAAUAGAUAUUAUCUUCGUUGGAUUUGA